AUGGACUCUUUUUCUGGUGGCCGGCCGGAGAAUCGUGGCGGCGUCGCCGGAGAGAAACAAAUCCCGAACGGAUUUCAAGAGGCGAAGAAACUCAGAUGCUAUAGCAGGAGAAGGAAGAUCGCCGAUCUGAACAACGGAUCGGAGUCGGUGCUCGAUGGAAACUCCAUCAGAAAGAAGAAGAAACCGAUCGAUCAAGAGAAUGAAGGUGAUUGUGGAAAGAGACUAAUUGAUGUGUAUAAGGUCAAUAAAGCUAAGAAUGGAGUUAAAGAUACCAAACAACGGGUUUCGCAGGGUUUAUCCACCAAGACCAAGGAGGGUGGAAGUUUGAUGUGCCAUCAGUGCCAACGGAAUGAUAAGGGUGGUGUUGUCUUUUGCUCAAGUUGCAACAGAAAGCGUUAUUGUUUUGAAUGCAUUAAGAACUGGUAUCCAGGAAAAACCCAUGAGGAGUUUGAGAAUGCGUGUCCAUUUUGUUGGGGAAAUUGCAACUGCAAAGCUUGCUUGCGGGAGUUUCCUGCGCAAAUGGACCGAAAAGUAGAUGCCAGUGUCAAAUUACAGCGACUGCUGCACUUACUAUCUAAAGCCCUGCCAGUUCUGAGGCAUGUCCACAAGGAGCAGAGCUUGGAACUAGAGACUGAAACCAAAAUAAGGGGUAAGCAACUGCAAGAAAUUGACAUAACAAGAUCAAAGCUAAGUGAAAGUGAGCGCUUGUACUGUGACAAUUGCAGUACAUCCAUACAUGGAUUUUACCGUAGCUGCCCCAACACCAGUUGCUCUUAUGAUCUCUGUCUCAUGUGCUGUCAAGAGCUCAGAGAGGGUUACCAACCUGGAGGCAUGGAGGCUGGAACAUCUCAUGAAAAUUUUGAAAAGACUUUUCACAAUCAUGGUUCAACAAAAAAUCAGAGUAAAACUCAUCGUAGAAGAUAUGACUGGGAAAGCGAACUUGCACCUACUAGUUUACCUUCUCAGUCUGACAUGCUCUCUCCCUUCCCAGAAUGGAAAGCUAAUAGUGAUGGUAACAUUCCAUGUCCUCCAAAGCAGCGUGGAGGUUGUAGUUCUGCAUUGCUUGAACUGAGACGCAUUUACAAAGCUAAUUGGGUGGCAAAGCUGCUAAAUAAUGCUGAAGAUCUCACUAGAAAUUAUGCGCCUCUGGAUGUAGAUAUUACUGAAAAGUGUUCUUUAUGCCAGCUAAGUUUGUUAGAAGGAAAAAUCAAUCCUGAAGUCAGGAGAGCAGCAUUCCGCGAUGACAAUAAAGAUAAUUUCUUAUAUAGUCCAAAUGCCCUUGAUAUUUCUGAUGAUGAGAUCGAGCACUUCCAGAGGCAUUGGAUGAGGGGAGAACCUGUGGUUGUGAGAAAUGUUCUGGCCAAAACAUCAGGUCUUAGUUGGGAACCAAUGGUAAUGUGGAGGGCCCUCAGAGAAACAGGUUCCAAAGUGAAGUUUAAAGAGGAAACACAAAGUGUCAAGGCUGUUGAUUGCUUGGAUUGGUGCGGGGUUGAAAUAAAUAUACACCAGUUUUUCCAAGGCUACCUAAAGGGUCGAAUGCAUAAAAAUAAGUGGCCAGAAAUGUUGAAAUUAAAAGAUUGGCCUUCAUCGACCUCUUUUGAAGAGCGCUUGCCGAGGCAUGGUGCUGAAUUCCUUGCUGCACUCCCGUAUAUGGACUACACUGAUCCAAAAUCGGGUCUUUUAAAUUUUGCCAGUAAACUUCCUAAUGGCUCAUUGAAACCAGAUUUGGGACCCAAAACAUACAUUGCUUAUGGAUUUUCUGAAGAGCUUGGCAGAGGAGAUUCUGUUACAAAACUGCACUGUGAUGUGUCUGAUGCGGUGAAUGUGCUGACACACACAAACAAGGUGAAUAUAGAGGACUGGCAGAGAGAAAGCAUAAAUAAAUUGAAGAAGUCAUAUGAUAGAGAAGACUGUUUAGAACUUUAUCAUGAAUCUGAGGCUGGUAAUCCCAAGAUAGAGUCAAAUCAAGACAAUGGGAGAGAUUCCUUGAACAUUGAUAAUGAAGCUGAGACUGUCCUUGGUGGUGCUGUUUGGGAUAUCUUCCGUCGGGAAGAUGUCCCAAAGUUAAUUGAGUACGUAAGAAAGCACGAGAAGGAAUUUCGCCAUAUCAAGAAUGAACUAGUUGAUUCGGUUAUACAUCCCAUUCAUGAUCAGACUAUAUUCUUAAAUGCGAGGCACAAGAAACAGCUAAAAAAAGAAUAUAAUGUUGAACCAUGGACUUUCGAGCAACACCUUGGCGAGGCUGUUUUCAUUCCAGCAGGAUGUCCUCAUCAAGUGAGAAAUAGACAGUCUUGUAUGAAGGUUGCACUUGACUUUGUUUCGCCGGAAAAUGUUGGAGAAUGUUUACGACUAACAGAAGAGUUUCGUUUACUCCCAAAGUACCACAGAGCGAAGGAGGACAAAUUGGAGGUUAAAAAGAUGAGCCUUUAUGCUGUAAGUAAUGCUGUUAGACAAGUUAAAGAACUGAUGAUGGAGGCUAAUAAGCAAGAUUGA